CCCCUCAAACAACGCCGGAACCGCUCCCUUCUCUAACACUCGCCGACCUGUCUCGGACCCCGGCUCUUCUCGUCCGGUUUGCUCGGUGAGGGAAACGUGUUACCGCGCCACCGUCCGGCCAACUUGGGAAUGUGUGCGCGCUGCAUCAGCGGGUGUUCGUGCUGGCAGCCGCCUACGUGGCUGACGCUUUUCCUCCCAAAUCCCGCAGGAGCAGGAGGAACGGGGUGAUGCGGAUGGGACAAACCAGUCUUAUAGCCGCUUUUUUAAAGCUUUUAGGCAAGUAGGUUAUUGUUGAUAAUCGUGUGCUACAAGCUCGUAUCCAUUCUGCUGCUCUGCUGCAUACUACGCCAUGGAUUUACUCGUAGACGCGGGUUCUUACGUAGCAACGUACGGCCGAUCAGGAACAGUCUGCCGGGCCUGUUGAGUUUAGGAACUCUCCCCGCUCCCGAACACGCUCACCGCGCACACGGCGAUCGUAAAAUGGCCGGAACCGAAGUAAAGCAGCGGAAAAAGAGACAAAGCGACGGAGACUCGCUGGGCGCGGACAGCAAAGACGAAGCGCCUAAAGUCAAACCGGCGGCUAAGGACGCAGCAGGGGCCAGAGGCGCCGCGUCCCCGCGUCUGGACGUGAGAACCGCGGCGUGCGUCUUCUCCCUGGCCGUGUGCGGAGCCCUGAUCUGGGCAGUUUUACAGCAGAACCGGAGGUUUGCUGACAUUGAGGAGAAGUACAACCUCCUGCAUGGGAAGACCGCAGGUCUGUUCGACAUGGAGGAGGAGGUUCUCAAGGUGUCCAGGAAGUGUGAGAGUGUCCAGGUGAUGUUGGAUGGUUUAGGGGGGCAGCAGGGGGCUCUCCACCCUAGGCUGGAGGGUAUGGAGCGAGACGUCACCCAGCUGAAGGAGUGGGCAUCUGGGUUGACGGAUAAACGAUCUCACCUCCAGACCAGCCUAACGGCUCUGUCAGACGCCGUGAGACAGAUAGAAGAACGCACCUCUGCCAUCACCAAAGAUAUCACCAACAAGGUGACGUCAGUGAGGACAGAUGUGCGGAGGAUGGACGGCCUUCAGUCUGAGGUGGAGUCUCUGCUGACGCAGGUGGGGGAGCUGGAGGAUAAGGCUGCACAGAUUGAGCGCGGCAUGGUCAAACGCAUUGGAGACCUGCUGGCCGGCAGCAUCGACCGUGUCUCGACCCUGCGCGCCUCCUCUGAACGCAAUGCCCAGGCCAUAGCAGAGCUACGCCGACGUAUCCCCGAACUAACCGCUGCCGACCGGCAGCUCUCUGAGCGGCUGCAGGAGCUGGAGAGCGGCCGCUCGCGCAUGAUCAGAACCGUGACCUUCACUGGUGACCUCAAACCCAAGGUCACUGCCAUUAAGCGAGAUUUUGCAGCUUUUGAGCCUCAGCUGUCCGACCUUACUCUUCGGAUAGGACGGUUAGCAGGGGAUCUGAUGCAAAGAGAGCAGGAAAUUGCGGAGCUUAGGCAGACGUUGGUUAACCUCACUGCGGUAGAGGGGGAUUUGGGCCUUGCAACCAAACAGGUCGGUGAAAUAGCUGACAUUCCUGAAGUCGAAGAAAUGCUUUUACAGGCCAACUUGAGCAAGCCCCUCCAACAGACUCAGCCGAGCGGAGAGUGACAAAACAUUCCCUGUUAUGGUCAGAGACGAGAUAUUGUAAACUAUCAUCUUGCCGUGUCAAGGUUUUUCCUCAAGAAAACCUUCAUUGCAUCAUUUUGAGAAAUCUUAAAGCUGAAAUCUGUGAUUUUCCUGAUUUGUUCUUCCGUUCGGCAGCAAGAACUACAGACAAGGUGUAUCGGCCAUUGUUGCCUGUGUGCCGCCAGCUCAGCAGUAAACGGUUCCCAUCCACAGACCCAAGCUAACAGACAAUUUUAUGUAUUACAACCUGUAUGGGAACACUGUUGUACAGUAAUAUCGAUGGUAGAAAAGGUAGCUUAUCUGUCCAACAGAAGCAUCAUCACAUUUUUGUCCUUUUUUUUCCUGUUUCAGUAGGAACGUAUUUGCCGCUGCACCAGUGUUCUUCCUACCCAGUCAUAAACUCCAACAGCAGUAUAUGGAGAGUGUCUCCAACCAGACACCAGUUAACAUUAUGUAACCCGACUUCAUGGUCCAGAUGGAUGAAUUAACUAUUUAUUAUGCAGAAGAAAAACCGGAUUUCAGUUUCAAACUUUAAAACCAAACUGAAGUAGAUGAAAUAUCAGCUUUUGCGUCCCAAACCGGCACUGGGUACUUCUUAACCCUUGCUUUGAAAAGCGAAUGUGCACAAAGUAAAAACUAUCUUAACUUAUCUACAUCCACAUUUCACAGAGCGGUAGGUUAAUUUGGUGCCUUUGGCUUAGGGGGCCCAAAGCAUGUUGGUUGUUUCUGUUGUACAAUAACGGACCGUGUUUGGGAAUAAAGACAUCAGUCCCUUCAGUUCCUGGUUCUUUGGGAGGAGCUGAUAUGUUGUAC